AUGAGCCGUUCGAAAGUUCAACCGAAAAGGGAAUCGUUGGGCAGGAAACGAACUCGAAGUUCUAUUUGUCCUGCUGAAAGAAAUCGGCAAAUUCUGAAAAGGGCGAAACGUUUAGUUUCAAGAAUGAAGACGAUAUUCUGUAUAAAUCGUAAAAGUGUUCGUGCUGCACAACCACCUAACAAACUCGUUGAUCGUGCAACAGAACCAGAGUUAGGCUUAAAAGAUCCCAAAGAAAAGAAUUUUGUUGAGCCCGAGGCUGAAGAAGAAAAGACGGUUGUAACGCCAAUGCCUUUUACAACAAACGAAGCAAAUACUGUGGCAAUUCUAUCCUCAUCUACAGAACGCCCACACGGGAAAUCUGUUCGUUUUGCCGACCAUAUUUUAUCGAGGACUGCAAAUUCAACCACCAGUGACCAGUUUAAAUAUCAGAGUGAACAGUCCCGACUUUUAUGCAGCAUUCCUGAUGCGCGGAUUACAGAUAUUCUUUGUUCGCUUUCACCAGCUACGCUUAACCAUCUAAUUGAUGUAAUUGAAAAGAUUGAAAUUGUUGAACGUCGAGGUGGAAAGCUGUUGCCAAACCUUAAAAAUUAA